UAUUUUAAGUUAUUGUUUCUUAACAUAAUCAUGGCUCGACGUUAUGAUACACGUACCACAAUAUUUUCGCCGGAAGGUCGGCUGUAUCAAGUUGAAUAUGCUAUGGAAGCUAUAAGUCAUGCGGGAACAUCGCUAGGCAUUCUAGCCACAGACGGUAUAUUACUAGCAGCAGAACGUAGAAAUACGAAUAAACUUCUGGAUGAAGUAUUCUUUUCUGAGAAGAUUUACAAGUUGAAUGAUGAUAUGGUGUGUUCUGUCGCUGGUAUCACAUCGGAUGCUAAUGUUCUUACUAACGAACUCAGAUUGAUUGCUCAACGGUACUUACUGCAGUAUGGAGAGUCAAUUCCUUGUGAACAAUUGGUGUCUUGGCUAUGUGAUGUCAAACAAGCCUACACACAAUAUGGAGGAAAGCGUCCAUUUGGAGUCUCAAUUCUUUACAUGGGAUGGGAUAAGCAUUAUGGCUACCAGCUGUACCAAUCGGAUCCCAGUGGAAACUAUGGUGGCUGGAAAGCUACUUGCAUUGGAAACAAUAGUGCAGCUGCUGUGUCAAGUCUGAAACAGGAGUAUAAAGAGAAUGAGACAACAUUGGCUGAGGCACAAGCCUUGGCUAUCAAAGUACUAAGCAAGACACUUGACAUGACAAAAUUAACUCCAGAGAAAGUGGAAAUGGCAACACUCACUAGAAAAGACAAUAAGACUAUUAUUAGAGUCCUCACCAGCACUGAAGUGGAAAAACUAAUUGCAGCCUUUGAAAAGAGUGAGGCUGAAGCAGAAGCCGCUAAGAAGCAACCACCCAAAUCCUAAUUUUUAUGUCAUUUAUUUGCAUUAAGUAUUUUUGUAAACAGUAAACCUUUUAAACUAUAA